UGCGCUGGCUCAAAGGCUGCUGGGUAAUUUGUCUUUCAGGAAGCAGCAUGAGCCACGGAAUAAGUUUCCAUAACACAGAAUUAACAGGUUGGAGGGCGGAAUAAAGUUACCAGGAAGACUCCCUCACCUGCAUGCAUCUUCCAUCAUGCAGGAGGACAUAAGCUCCGUGAUGUCCUGGUUUUCCAGCCCAGUGUACAGCCGCUACUGGCAGCACUACCAGCAGGCUAUGGCCUGGCACCAGAGACACAGGCGAGCCUACCGGAAGGCCUUGGAGGCUGCCUACGGCUACAGCCAGGAGCGGCGUCCCAGCAGCCACCAGCAGCGCUACGCUGACUGGAACGCAGGAGAGGGAGAAGACGGAGAGGACGAGGAGAGCGGCUCGGACGGUGAGAUCGAGUGCGACGUCAGCAACAUGGAGAUCAGCGAGGAGCUUCGGCAGUACUUCGCCCAGACAGAGAAACACAGAGAGGACCUGAAGAAGCAGCAGCAGUUGGAGGCCGAGGAGCACGACAGCUACGUGCCGGCCGACCAGGACAUGCGCGGGGUCUCCUGGCGAAGUAGCAAGGCCCCUCCCUUGGACCGACCCGGCGAAAGACGCGGGGCUGAGAUGAAGAAGCUGUACGGCAGCGACGCCCCCAAGAUCCUGGCCAUGGAGGCGGCGAUGCAGCUCAAUUUCGACAGAAACUGUGACCUCAAACAGCCCAAGUACUGGCCUGUUAUUCCACUGAAACUGUGACGGUCGUGGGCUGUGAAUGCUUCGAUACGGAGGAAAUCCAUUCCCUGAUCUCUUGGUGAGACGGCGGCUUUGUUGUCUAAUGGAUUGUGGCUGCUGAUGGAGAACUAAUGGUGUUCGCUUAGCGGAGGGUAACAACUUUAAGC